AUGAGUGCCCUUCGAGACCUGAUUGUAGGAGAGGCCGAGCUUGACGACGACGACGAGGGCGAUGAAUCGUUCGAUGAAGAGACUGGUGAGAUCAGGCGGAGUAAGAAUGGUAAAAAUGGAGUCAACGGAGUCAACGGCCAUCUCGACGACUCGAGUGAAGAGGAGGACGACGACGAUGAGGAGGCAGCUCAAGCGGUCAGAGAAGGGUUUAUAGUCGAAGACGACGAAGAGCCUGAGGAACGCGCGCGGAGGAAACAGGAGAGAAAGAAGCGUAGGAGGGAAGAACGAGAGGAAGAGGAGGCCGGCCUAGACGAAGAGGACUUGGAUCUGAUCGGAGAAGCACACCCAGAAUAUGAGCAGCGCGUUACCAGCGAGCCCAAGCUCAAACGUCUGAAACGUGGGCACAAAGAUGAUCGAGAUGGAAGGCCAAGAGGUGUAGGGGAUAUCUUUGACGACGACGAAGAUGACGAUCUACCUCGCGCACCCGAAGGCCAACGUGGCUCCGCCCGCGUUGACCCUCGAACACUUGAGGACGAGUUCAAGGACUUUAUCGAGGAGGACUUCGACGACGAAGACGGCCAACGACAAGACGACGAUGAUGUCGAUGUUUUACGGAAACCCAGCAGAAACAUCAUAGGAGUGAAAGACGCUGCUGGUCUGGACGAAAUCGCAUUAGAAGAUAUGAAAGAAGCAUUUGGUACAGGGUUUGAAUAUGACUGGGCACUGGAGCUCCAAGACCAGGAAGAACAGAACGAACAAAGACCCGUAGACCUCGAUGAUCCAGACGCUAUUAUUAAGGGUAUCGAACUUAAGGAUGUUUUCGAGCCUUCUCAGCUUGUCGACCGUAUGCUGACGGAUGAGGACAAUCAAAUACGGGCUACGGAUCAGCCAGAGCGCUUCCAGCUUGCGAGAAGUCCCUACAAAGAUCUUGAGCUUACCGAUGAAGAGCUCAAGGAAGAAUCGAGUUGGAUAUCGGAUCUUAUGCUUCCGAAGAAAUCCAUUGAUCCGGACCUUCGAGAUGCGUUUCAAAAGUCGGUCGCAAAGGUCUUGGAAUUCAUGAACGUCGACGAAUUUGAAGUGCCAUUCAUCUUCCAACAUCGCAAAGACUAUCUCAUCCAUGCGCAGAAGAUAGCCGUCACACCAGAUCCGUACAAUCCUAGCGCAACACCAUAUGUUGUCAACGCUGAGAAGUUACUCAAUCAAUCCGAUCUAUGGGAGAUUUUCGACAUGGACCUCAGAUUCAGGGCUCUUGUCGAGAAGCGUCACGCUCUGCAAAGAACCUACGACAACAUCUCAGCCUUGUCCGAGGAUUUCCACGAUCCCGUCAUCGAAGAAAUGCUUCCAAUAGCAGUCACUAUGGAGGAACUUCAAGAUGUGCAAGACUAUAUACAGUUCCAACACCCUUCACGUCUUGCCGAUGUGGCUCUUCAUAACGGAACCGGUACCAGCGGGUCAACCCAGCGACGGCCGGGUGCGUCCAAGAUGUUAUUUGAGAAAAUUCGGACUGGCAAGGUGUAUCGACUCGUGCGUGCUUUCGGCAUAUCUGCUGACUCUUUCGCCCAAAACGCCCUUAUGAAAGAAGGCAGACGCCAGUUUACAGAGGAUCCAACCCAGCGCCCAGAUGACAUGGCAGACAGCGAAGACAUACUAGAUCCCCCCGAAUACUCGUCUGGCGCACAAUGUCUGCGGGCUGCAAAAGCAAUGUUUGCAGAGGAGAUAGCGAUGAGUCCCAAAAUGCGAAAGGUAAUGCGCCGACAUUACUUUGGGAACGGUAUUGUCGAGUGCUAUCGGACAGAGAAAGGACUUCGCAAGAUCGAUGAUCAACACCCUUACUACGACUUCAAAUACCUUCGAAAUCAGCAACUCAUUGACAUUGCACAGAACCCGGACCGUUUCCUUCGCAUGCUCAAGGCAGAAGAAGAAGGUCUGGUUGAGGUGAGGGUGAGGACUCAAAACCACGAUGGCUUCAAGAAGCGGCUCUACGGAGACCUGGAAUCGGAUAACUUCAGUGAAGUUGCUGACGCCUGGAAUCGCGAGCGAAGGGAGACUUUAGACAUAGCUCUUCUAAAGCUUGAGAAAAUUAUGGCACGAGGCGUGAAGGAGGCUUUGAAGUUUGAAUGUGAAAAUUCGGUAGCCAAAAACUGUCGCGAGGAGUAUGGCAAGCGACUUGAUCAAGCACCGUACAAACCAAAGGGUAUGAUGCUGGGAACAGUGCCACGUGUCCUUGCUCUCUCGAAUGGCACUGGUACCUUUGGCAGAGACGCAGUCUGCUGGGCUUGGGUGGAGGAAGACGGACGAGUCCUCGAGAAUGGAAAAUUCACUGAUCUUGUCAUGGGAGACGCUGAACGAGGUACAGAGGACGGUGCAGAUGUGAAAGCGUUCGUGGAGCUUGUCGAGCGACGGAAACCGGACGUGAUCGGUGUUUCGGGCUUCUCUGCAGAGACUCGCAAGCUGUACAAACAGAUCGAUGACAUCGUUGAACGUAAAGAACUGCGCGGAGCCGACUACGAAGACGAGGACGGCAACGACAGGAGCGACAAGUUGGAGGUCGUGAUUGUCAAUGACGAGGUGGCACGCCUGUACCAGACCAGUGAACGGGCGAACAUGGAGCAUCCCGGGUUUGCACCUCUCACAAAGUACUGCGUGGCUCUUGCCAAGUACCUCCAGAAUCCUCUGAAAGAGUACGCAUCACUAGGCCGCGAUAUUAUCUCUAUUUCCUUUGAUGCAGCUCAGCGAUACGUACCUCAAGAGAAGAUUAUUAAGGCACUUGAGACAUCUAUGGUCGACAUGGUCAAUCUGUGUGGUGUAGAUGUCAAUGAGGCUGUCAGUGAUUUGUACACUGCUAGUCUGCUCCCAUACAUUUGUGGCCUGGGACCACGAAAGGCCGCACAACUCAUCAAAGUUAUCAAUCUCAAUGGUGGCGUCGUCUCUUCGCGAUCGGAAUUGGUAGGUGACCCGGACCGGAAUAUCUUAGCCGCUGUUGGGGCAAAGGUUUGGAACAACUGUGCCAGCUUCCUCUUCAUCGAAUUCGACAGCUCAGAACCGGACGCUGACUACCUCGACAACACUCGAGUGCACCCAGAGGACUAUGACCUUGGACGAAAGAUGGCUGCUGAUGCUCUUGAAUUGGACGAGGAAGAUAUCGAAGCUGAGCAGCAAGAGAAUGGUCCAGGAGCCAUUGUCAGAAAGCUCAUUAAGGAUGAGUCCCAAGAGAAGGUCAAUGAUCUCAUUCUGGAGGAGUACGCGGAGCAGCUGGAGAAAAACUUCAAUCAGCGAAAGCGAGCCACUUUAGAAACGAUUCGUGCUGAACUACAGCAGCCGUACGAGGAGUUGCGAAGGAACUUUGCACUCCUGUCGACCAACGAGAUCUUCACCAUGUUCACUGGUGAGACCUCGGAUUCAUUGUGUGAAGGCAUGGUAGUACCCGUCUCCAUAAAAAAGGUUGCCGAUGAUUAUGUCGAAGCCAAGCUGGACUGCGGCAUUGAGGGCACUGUACCUGCUCUUGCUGUCUCCAAUAGACCAGACGUCUCCGCGAAGCAACUCUUCUCCGCUCAUCAGACAGUACAGGCCAAGAUAACCUACCUCAAUCGCAAGCAGCUGACCGCUAAUUUCUCCCUCCGCGAAGACGAGCUUCAAAGACCAUAUCGAAAGGAAGCCGAUCGCAUGAGGGAUGAAUGGGACGAGGACCAGGAGCGGAAAGACAAGGAGUCAAUGAUGGAGAAAAACGAUGUUUCCGGCCGUACCCAGAGAGUCAUCAAGCAUCCCCUAUUCAAACCCUUCAACAGCAUUCAAGCAGAGGAGUAUCUUGGCUCUCAAGCUCGGGGCGACCUGGUUAUUCGUCCUUCCUCGAAAGGGCUUGACCAUCUUGCUGUGACUUGGAAGGUAUCAGACAACAUUUACCAGCACAUCGAUGUGCUUGAGCUAGACAAAACGAACCAAAUCUCCGGAGGAACUACACUCAAGAUUGGCGGCCGUUAUAAUUACAGUGAUCUCGAUGAACUAAUUGUCAACCAUGUAAAAGCGAUGGCCAAGAAGGUGGAUGAGAUGAUGCUUCAUGAGAAGUAUCAGAACCUCAGUAAAGCUGAUACUGAGCGAUGGUUGACCACCUACACCGAAGCCAAUCCCAAACGAUCCGUCUACAAUUUUUGCAUCGAUCCCAAACACGCCGGCUACUUUUUCCUUUGCUUCAAAGCUGGCCAGCAUGCUCAGGUCCAACACUGGGCUGUCAAAGUCGUUCCGCAGGCAUUUGAGCUCCAAAAGAAUAUGUACCCUGAUAUGAGGGCGUUGUGCAAUGGCUUCAAGCUACUGUUCACGAACAUGCAAAGUGGAAAGCGGCGGUAG